CAUGCUUCUCAGGUCAGAUAAAGCCCAGAGGACUCAGAGCUGGAAGGACUUGUUCAGAGAGUUUUACUCUGAUUUAGGGUGCUAUAUAGAGCACUAUGCAACCCUGAAACAAGCCUGGGAUGAUCUGAAGAGAUACCUGGACCAGGAAUGCCCCAGGAUGAUCGUCUCACUGAAAGAUGGUGUGAAAGAAGAUGAACUGAAUGCUAUCGAAGCACAGAUUGGCUGCAAACUCCCUCAGGAUUACCGCUGCUCGUUUCGAAUACACAACGGGCAGAAACUGGUCGUACCCGGGCUGAUGGGGAGCAUGGCCCUGUCCAAUCACUACCGCUCGGAGGAUCUGCUGGACAUCGAGACGGCAGCGGGGGGGUUCCAGCAGAGGAAGGGGCUCCGGCAGUGCCUCCCCCUCACCUUCUGCUUCCACACCGGCCUGAGCCAGUACAUGGCGCUGGAGAGCGUGGAGGGACGCCACCGCUACGAGAUCUUCUACCACUGCCCGGACCAAAUGGCCCGCGACCCUUCUGCUAUUGACAUGUUUAUAACAGGGUCUUGCUUCACUGAGUGGUUUACUUCAUAUGUGCACAGUGUGGUAACUGGGGGCUAUCCAAUAAUCCGGGACCAGAUCUUCAGGUAUAUCCAUGACAAGGAGUGUGUGGCUACAACGGGGGAUAUCACAGUCUCGGUGUCUACCUCAUUCCUUCCUGAACUCAGCUCUGUGCAUCCGCCUCACUUCUUCUUCACGUACAGAAUCAGAAUCGAGAUGUCGAAGGACGCUUUGCCAGAGAAUGCGUGCCAGCUGGAUAGCAGAUACUGGAAAAUAACGAAUGCAAAUGGAAAUGUGGAAGAGGUCCAGGGUCCGGGUGUUGUAGGUGAGUUUCCUGUGAUGCAGCCUGGGAAGGUGCACGAGUAUGCCAGCUGCACCACCUUCUCCACCACCUCCGGGCACAUGGAGGGGCAUUACACCUUUCACCAGCUCAAGAACAAGGAGGUGGUGUUCAACAUCACCAUCCCUCGCUUCCACAUGGUCUGCCCUCCAUUCCGCAAGUCUGUGGUGCGGACGGGAUCAGCAAGUGACGUCUCCCACACCUCGUGGAACGACGAGGAGAACUCGACAGACACUGAUGAUUAUGAAGAGGCAGAGCAGGGGGGGCUUGGCUUCCCUGCCCCCAGCGGACACUGUCCACGGCGUAUCUGAUGCACUUUUAUACCACGGGACUUCGGGAGCGGGCGGUGCGAUCUUGAGACCUACAGGGCGGCUGACAGAGUCUGUGAUGUGGCUUUAUACCUGCCUCUGUAAUCUUUUCGUGUGUGUGUGUGAACUAGAUUCCUCCAAUACCUUGGGCCCGAUUUCCCACUGUGGGCAAAAUUCCCAUGUUGUUCAUUUAGUGUUGCCAUUAUUGUCGCCAUUCACCAAGAUUGCACUGUGUACAGUUUUGUUAUGGCUGGUAGGAAGAUACUGCAACAUUUAAUAGUUUAUUUAUACCUCCAGUUUGAAUGAUACAGGUAGCCUGUGAUACAGGUAUUACUGUUUUGUUAAAAAUUAAUAUAGCACAGCAUCUCUGAGCGCUGUGGAGUGCUCCUCCUUUUAUAAGGCGCCCCCUUAUACUGCGGUACCAGGUAUAAGGCAGCAUUGUCCUGGCUUCCGCUAGCAGUAGCACUUUCAUCACAGCACAAUCUUGUAACUGGCUCCACACUGUGGCAUUAUAAAGGGGAGCACUGUACUGCUGUUAAGAUGUUACUGUAGAUUUAAAAGAAACAGUAAUUAUAAAAUUGCUCAUAAUGUGGUUAACUUGAUCUAAACUGUUAUCAAAGGCAUGCCUUUCCUGGCCAAUGGCAUAGCCACAGUGGAAAAUAUUUCUAUUUAAUUAGCGCUCUUUUUUUGGAAAACGCUGUAAGUACUUGCAAGAGGACUUGCUUCAAAUUAAAUGGAGAGGGGAAAUGGUGGAGGGAUUUGAGUCAAAUGCUCCGGCUGUUCUUUACCCUCAAAGCCCACAAGACUUUAGACAGAUGUAUUUUAAAUUUAAUUUAAAAAAAAAUAAUAAUAAUAAUCUUCAUAGAUAAUUAAUUUUAUACAAAAAGGUGUUGCAUUGAUUAACUUUUCUUUUGCAUUCAACGCUGCUGGGAGAAUUCAAGUGACCAGGAUAGACACCCUUGGUCUAGGAAAGGCGGUCUAUGAAUGCAGUGUAGGGUUAAACGUACUUUCUUUUCCAUACAGCGCUCUUGUAAUAUAAUCAGAAUAGUCCGUAAACAUUCCCCUUGAAUGGUGGUGGUGCUCUUUUUAUCUGUACAAUCCAUCUGAACAGACUUGAAAAUAUACAUAUGCUUUGUGAAUGGAGCCCAUCAUCUUGGUUAGUGAUCUGUCUUUAGUAUCACUACAGAAAGAAAACCUCCAGGUAAUCUCUAGUAUGGGAACUGGUGACCUUCUUAGAGGUAUGUGUGCUUAUAGCAACAUGCAGUAAUAGGUAAUCAAUUGUUUUUAAGUAACAGUGUUGUAAAUAAAUUUUUUCCAGUACAUGAUAUUUAAAAUGAAUGCUAUUUGAGACACUGCAGGGAAUUCCUUUUUCAUUUUAAAGCCUUUUUUUUUUAUUGCUCCUGUAAAUAUUUAAUUUGAAUGCUUCCUCCCCCCACGUUUAUCAAAGUGAUAUUGGUGUCACUUUAUAUAAAAAAAGACUAGCGCUGCCACUGUAAUGCAAUUAAUGUUUGAAUGGAGUGAUCAGGUGAUAUUCGCCAGUGUUGCCCAAUAAUAAAUAUCUACAAUUUCCGUUAUUGUUUAUUUAUUUAAUUUUUUUGCUAAGUGAUGCAUUUGUGUUUGAUUCAUGUUACUGAAAUGAAUUUGUUUUCUAUGUAUUUCCCAGCAGAGUUUUUAAUAAUAUGGUAGUGAAGUUUUCUUAGAAGGGUGUAACAGUGCCACACCUAAAACUUUCACAUUAAACUGUGCAGUAGAGUGCAGUUUCUUCUUUAAAAUAAUUUACAAUAGGAACCAGGCGUAAACUGUUUUACAGAACACAAUCUUUAUUCUGCGUUUCUUAUUGGAUGAUAAUCCUAAAAGCAGUAGUAGCUCAUAUUGUUAACCCCUAAUUCUCCAGGCAGCAACAAUACGACAAACGCACAGACUACUGACCGUGUGUGUUUGCUGUUGUACAGUGGGUUUGGAGGGAAUGAGGUGCUGUAUUUAAACAAAUCCAGAUGCACAUAGGUAUUGGAAAUGUUAUUCCAGACUCCAAGGGUUACUCCUGUGGUAGAACUAAGUGGUUUGAUCCAUUCCUGGUUUCACACCUGAGCUUGUAAUCUAUACACUGGAGCUAGUCAAGCUUAUAGUAAACCUGGAAUGGGUGAAACUGCUGUGCAAUAGGAGUCUUUUUGCAGACACACCAAGUCGUCCCACUGUUUACUGUCUAUUUGCGUGUUGCUGAAUUGCUGGUGGAGCUUUCAGUAUUUGCAAAAUAAUAGCCGUACUGGGAAUCCAAUCCCAAUUUCCCCUUAAAGAAUCCAGCUUCUGUGUUUAACGUUUGAGUCAGGAUUAUUGAAACAGUAGAGCAGUGUUCUGAGGGUGUCUGUGAUCCACUAUCAUACAAUGAUUGAUACACUGUAUUGUUUUAAGAGGCAGGAAUCCGCAGCUCAAUACUUAUUGAUUGCUGGACUGGUAUCAUCGUUUUUUUCCCAGUAUCCAGCAAUUUCAUUACUUAUCUCCGUUUGUAAAUAUAAAGUACCAUACUGGCAUUAGUACCCUUUUCUUUUAAAAAAUCUCUGUAGCCUAAUCGAGGGGGAUAUUCUGAUUUUUGAAAUGUUUUUAUAAAGCCUUUUCUUUUUCCUUUUUGUACAUUUGUGCAAUGGUGUUAGAGUGAAGUUCAUAGACUUGUGUUUCAGCACACUUGUUUGAUUUAGGCAUUUUGUUCAUUAUCACUGUUUUAUAAAGUGUUCCUGUCUUGUUUUUCUAUGUUGGUUGGGGGUGGUUGGAAAUAAAUCCUGUUGACAUUUCA